AUGACGUCGCGUCUCAGCAGCAUGUUCACUAAGCGCGACGAGAGCAAGGAGGCCCAAAAGGCUGCCCUGGUGGCCGAGAAGAACGCCGAGGUCAAAGCAAGCAACGGCGCUGCUACGCGACCCCAGCCGUCGCGCCAGGCGUCGGUCACUGGCAGGACGGGCGGUACCACGCCCCCCUACCGCCGCUUCUGGGUCAACGACGACGGCACCCACGAGCACCACCUCAAGGUUGCCAAGCGCCAGGAGAAGCUGUCGGACAUGUUCCAGAAUCUCAUGCUGGGCAAGAGGAAGGAGGGCAGCCACAGCGACGAGCAGCCUCUGAGUCUGAUGGCCAACUGGGUCGACGUCAUGCGCAACGAGAAGGAGAAGCUGGCCGAGCAGAAGAAUUCGGCUACCAGCACCACGUCGCAGACCCUCGUACAAAAGUACGGAAAGUGCCAGGAGGUCGUCGGCCGCGGUGCCUUCGGAAUCGUGCGUGUCGCACACAAGACCGACGCCAAGGACCCCAAGCGCGAGCAGCUGUACGCUGUCAAGGAGUUCAAGCAACGCCCUGGCGAAUCCGCCAAGAAGUACCAGAAGCGCCUGACCGCCGAGUUCUGCAUCUCCUCAUCCAUGCAGCAUCCCAACGUCAUCAACACGCUCGACCUUCUCCAGGACGACAAGGGCACCUACUGCGAAGUCAUGGAGUACUGCUCCGGCGGUGACCUGUACACGCUGGUCCUGGCUGCUGGCCAGCUUGAAGUCGUCGAAGCCGACUGCUUCUUCAAGCAGCUCAUGCGUGGUGUCGAGUACAUGCACGAGAUGGGUGUCGCGCAUCGUGACCUGAAGCCUGAGAACCUGCUUCUGACCCAGCAUGGCUCCAUCAAGAUCACCGACUUUGGCAAUGGCGAAUGCUUCCGCAUGGCUUGGGAAAAGGAAGCUCACAUGACGGCUGGCCUGUGUGGCUCUGCUCCCUACAUUGCCCCAGAAGAGUAUGUUGACCGCGAAUUUGAUCCUCGUGCUGUCGAUGUCUGGGCCUGUGGUAUCAUCUACAUGGCUAUGAGGACUGGACGGCAUCUCUGGCGCCAGGCCCAAAAGGGUGAGGACGAGUUCUUCGACCGCUAUCUCGAAGACCGGAAAGAGGAGGCCGGUUAUAGGCCUAUAGAAGUGCUUCGUCGGCGCCAAUGUCGCAAUGUCAUCUACUCGAUUCUAGACCCCAACCCCACGCGCCGACUCACUGCCCACCAGGUCCUCUUCUCCGAGUGGGUCAAGGAGAUCAAGGUGUGCCGCGCUGGCGACGAAGGCUUCUGA